AUGUCAAAUUGUAUCUUUUUAAUAGGGGUCCGAGGAUGUGGCAAGUCUACGUUAGGACUCAUGGCGUCAGUUCUUCUUGAUUACACAUAUAUAGAUUUGGAACAGUGUGUGUUAUCAGAAACAGGGAUGCCUGACAACAUUUAUCUUCAGAGUCACACCAUAGACGAAUAUCAGAAGUUGCAAUUCGAAUUAAUCUACAAAUCCAUAGCUGAAAUACGACAGAGACUGGCUGAGCCAGAGCCGGGUAAGAAAACCCAUUUCAAUGUAUUUGUGUUGCCGGCUGUGUUUAUAGAAAACCCUGCUCUUGUAGAAUACUUCCUUGAGGAGGAUUAUCCCUAUGUAAUUCACAUUGAAAGAGAAGAAAUCAAGAUAUUGGAAUAUUUGGAGUACAAUGAUUCAUUUGAAGCUGGAACUAAGAUAAUAAGACAGAAGUAUUCCAAAUAUAGAACAUUCAGUAAAUACGCUUUCUUCAAUUUACAUUCAGACCUGGCAGAUGCAGAGUACGGUUCAAUUACCCCGAAAAGAUAUAGAAUGGCCCUUAAAACUAUAUCGUUGAAGGCUACUGAAAGAGAUUUUAUUCAUUUCUUGUUUAAUAUUUUGGGCAUCAAAGCUACGGGGCAUGUCACUUCUUCUUCCCAUUUGACAAAUCUAACCAAUAAGUAUUCAACCGCUAUACAGAUGGAUUACCCAAAUGUCCAUUUACAAGAUAUUUUAUAUAACUUAAAUGAUGCCAUAGCAGGUGCUGACACUAUUGAAAUCAAAGUCGAUUUGGUUGCUUUAAUUAAAUUGGGAUUGGAUGAUAUGGAAACAUAUCUCAAUCGGUUUGUAGAGACGCUACGAAGAUAUUCUUUUGGCAGACAUACUAUCUUAAGUAUGAAGAAUAGCUUGAGCGAGUUGAACGAAUUUUUGAUUGAAUAUUCUUCCACCAUCGGUAUGUCUUAUGAGCUGCAAGAUUUAUCCAUCUUUUACCUUAGCUUCUUAAAUAUUGCUAAAAGACUUGGUAUUAAGUUUGUUGUGUUAGAUUUGGAACUAGUUUUCCCCAGCUUGUUAAAUGACAAUGACACUGCCUUUUCAACUCCUGUUAAUAGUAGCGAUCACAAUCGCAAUGAUAAAAAUGUUGCUAGCAGCGUAACAAAUAACAAUCAUAAUGAUAGCCUAAAAAAUGUUGACAUUGAUAACAAGAGGGAUAAUUCUAGGAUUGCUCCCUACAGAAGCUCCUCAAUUAGAACUACCAAUAAUAUCAACGAUAUUAUUAUUACCAACGAUAAUACCAAUGAAAAUAGAGUACUAGUGAAAGAAUUUUUGGAUAAUAUGGGCGGAUGUACUAUAGUAAUUGGGAAGUACCAUUCUGAAAACAAUUCUAGCUUUUGGGAUUCUCACCUCGGGGGACUUCAGAUUAUGGAAUAUGCCAAUGAAGUCGGAAUUCCAAUGGCAAGAUUAACAACUAAUGCCACAUCAAUUCCUGAUAACUUGAAAUGUUGGAAUUUCACGCAAUAUAUGAAUACCGAAUACCCAUCCAUCUUGCUAACUGCAUUUAAUACAGGCGAAUUGGGAAAAUUAUCUAAAAUUUUGAAUAGAGUUCUCACACCUGUUCACACAGAUUUAAGUGGAGCUUCGGGCUCCGGAUCAGAAAAUGCUGAAAAUUUAAGAAAUUAUGAUGUCCAGAGAUCACUACAUAGAGCAUUCUUCGUUCCCAGCUAUAACUUUUAUGUAGUUGGUUCCAACGUAAGUCACAUCAUGCUACCUGCCAUUCAUAAUGGAGUGUAUAACAGGUUAGGCUUACCACACAAAUGCUCAACAUUUGAAUGCACCAACAUCUUAAGCCUAAAAAACCUUAUUGAAAGCCCCAAUUUUGGAGGUGCAACCAUUCACGAUCCAUUUACUGAAGACGUGUUCAAUUAUGUUGAUGAAGUAUCAGAGCAUGCUAGAAAAAUUGGUAGUGUUAACCUUGUUCUUGCUGAAAGAUUAUUUUUAAAUCCUGCUAAAGUCGUGAAGACUGUAGGAUACAACACAGAUUGGUUAACAAUAACUGUAAUCGCCAAAGGAGCUUUAUCGCCUGUCAAUUGUGCUGCCAAAACGAGAACUGCCUUGAUUUUUGGAGCUGGUGGAGUUAGUAGAGCAUCGAUAUACGCAAUGAUUCUUUUCGGCUAUGAAAAAAUUAUGAUAUUCCAUAAAGAUUAUUCCCUAGCUGCACACGUAGCGGAGCAUUUUAACAAACAGUCUCCAUUUAAUAUUGGAAAUCAUGCAGAAUAUAGACACUUUGAAAUCGUUCCUAUCACUGAGAACGAUCUCUUUCUUGGAACGUUACCUAAUGGAUAUCAAUAUCCAAACAUGAUUAUAAAUGGAGAUCCCAUGAUUGAUCCCAAGUCUGGCGAACUAUUUUCUAUUGAUUUGCCAAUAGUUUGGUUCAGUAGUGAGACUGGUGGAGUCGUACUAGAGACAACAUAUGAUCCAAUAGAGACGCCUUUAAUUUAUACUAGUGGGGUUUUAUUUGAUCGGGGCUGGCUUCCAGCCAAUGGUUUGAACUAUGUGUUAUCUGAAUCAUGCCUUGAGUUCGAAUUUUUUGUAAAUAAACCGGCUCCAAGAUCUUACUUUAAAAGUAUGACAUUGGGGGUGUACAAUUCUACAAGAUCUUACGUUCAACAUGAUCUAAAUUGA